AUGUCAGAGGAUGCAGACAAUGUGACUUCAGAAGACAGUUGUGAUGAAAUAAUUAAGGAAGAAGUUGAACUUGUUUCAGAUUCAGGUUCGGAUGUUAUUCCUUAUCAAGGACCACUCCAAUUUUUGGACCAGGAGGAAACAGUUAGUUCAACAUCAGAGCUUAUGGCUUUAAAUUCAGCAUCAAAGCACCAAAAGCAAAGAGCUACAGAUUUUGUAAUCAAGAAUGACAUCAUUUCAAGUACUGUUAAAGAUGUGGAAGUUCAGCAAUCUGGGAAUCAGGAUGGGAUUCGUGUUUGGGACAAGACGUUGGCAUCAAACAAAUUGAACAAAGGUCAUGGGUUACCUCUCGCAGAAGACAUCCAAAAAAUGCAAACUCUUCUGAAGGAAAAAACUGAAGAGCUUGUUAUUCAGCUACAAAAAUCAGUGAAGAAAUCUGUAUGGGAUGAGCUGAAUCAAGUGACAUUGGCCAGGCUUGUGAUGUUUAACAGACGCAGAGGUGGAGAGUCAGAGAGAAUGACACUUGCGUCUUUCUGUGAAAAAAGGUCAAAGAGUGACUCACUAAAAGAAAUUGAAGAUUCCUUAAAACCACUUGAAAGAAUCCUCUGUAAAACCUUUUCAAGAGUUGAAAUUCGUGGAAAAAGAGGACGUAUGGUCCCAAUCUUAAUAACACCAGCACUAGAGAGGAGCAUAGUUUUGCUAAAUGAAACCAGGGAACAGGCUGGAGUAAGUAAAAGCAAUCCUUAUGUCUUUGCCAGGUCAGGCUUCAGUUCCCUUAACCCAAUCCGAAGCUCAGAUUGUCUUCGAAAGUUUGCUGAAGAAAGUGGGGUUAAAAACACUCGGAAUUUGACUAGUACAAAGCUGAGGAAACACGUUGCUACAGUAUCACAAAUUUUAAAUUUAGAGAAAAGUGACAUUGAAAUCAUGGCAGGUUUCCUUGGACAUGACAUUAGGGUGCACACAUCAUUUUACAGGCUCCCAAGCGAUACAUUACAGAUUGCAAGAAUGGGAACAAUUCUGACUGCUUUUGACAACGGAGAAAUUUCAAAAUACAGUGGAAAAUCUUUGGACCAAAUUGCCUGUGAAGACAUUAAACUUGGCAAUGAAGAAGGUGAAGAGGAUAUGAGCAGUAGUGGAGAGGAAAGUGAUGAAGACAAUUGUCACAGAGGAAAAAUGAGGAAGCUGAAUCCUCCAAAAGAAGCUGCAGAGAGUGAAUCUGACAGUGAAGAGGACAAUGAGAAUGCACAUGGCAUGGCUAAGAAAGAAAGGGAACAUGGGAAAAAUACAAAAACAGGCUCCUCAAAGAAACCAGGAAGUGAUGACCAAUACAUGAAAGGGAAACCUAAAAGAGUGCCAAAUACACGGCAUCAGUGGACACAAGAUGAGAAAGCUGCCCUAUUGAGAAAGUUUAAGAAGCCUAUUUCUUUAGGAAAAACACCUGGCCAAUUGGAUUGCUUAAAUGCUAUUAGGCAAGAGACAUGUUUAGCCAAGUUCACUUGGAAACAAAUAAAGUUUGCUGUAAAAAAUAUCAUUACAUCUGAAAGAAGACAAGUGAAGAAAAUGACAAAACAGGUGUAGAUUUCUUUGCAAAGAAUGCAAAAAAUAUCUUCAAAGAGAUGUAACUGGAUAGGUGAUGUAAGAGAUGUAACUCAGAUGAUUUAAAAGAUGUAACUUAGAGAGAUGAUGUAACUUGGAUAUAUUACUUUAUUUUCAUUUCACUUGUACCAUAACUAUUUUCCCCCUUCCUGUCCUUAUUCUGUAAUGUUUUUUAAACUGAUUUUUUAAAUUUUGCCUAUUGUGUUUUGGUACAAGUUUGAUCAAAAUUGGGGAAACUUCCUUUGUAACUUCAUUAUAUUCAUUCCCGCGGAACUAAUUGGUAAUGCCAACUUGAUGCAACCCGUGAAAAACUUUCUUGCAAGCUGGUCUCUUGGAAGAGAUCUGCCAUGAAUAUGUGUUUGUCCAUCUUUCAUCCAUCUGUCCAUUUGUCACACUUUAUCUUUAGUUAAGUUUCAAAGAAAUUGUAGAAUAUACUUUUAUUGAAUUCCAUAUGCUGAUAGAUAUUGGUUAGUGUUAUUCAAUUGCAUGUUAACUUUCCUUUGGUCUUAACCUUACUUUUCUUGAAUUUGCAUUUAGUUCAGUAUCAAAGAAACUUUAAGAUAUUUCUAGGAAAACUCAUACACUAAUACAUAUUGGUAAGAGCUAUUCAACUGUGUCAAAAAUUGUUGGUCUUGAGUUCACUGUUACUCAUUUUGUGUUUAACUUAGUUAUCAAGAUUUUUUUCUUCAAAUUAUAUAUUAGUAAGAGCUAUCCAACUGCAUCAAAAUUGUCUUUACCUUGACCUUCCGUAUGACCUUUACCUCACUAUUCCUUAAUUUGUAAUUAGCUCAUUUUCAAAAAAAGUAUUCCGGAUAUUUCUAUUAAAACUCAUACACUGGUACAUACUCAUGAGAAUUAUUCAAUUUAAUAUAAGUCUGACCUUAACCUUGCAAUUCGUCAUUUUGCAUUUACUUAAAGGAUGAACUUUAAACAAUUAAGUUAUUCCUUCUUUCAUCAUAUAUUACUAUAAGCUCAGACCAAAGAAGCAGGAUAUUAUUUUUUUGUUCAUUUUACAAUACAAAUGUACAUUGGGUGGGACAUUCAUGUCCUAUAGACAAGUUUCUAGUUCAUUGAUGUUUUAGAAAUGUGAAGCUUUUCGGCUUACCUCUGAUAAAAUACUUUGAAAUAGCCAUGGACUGAGAAACAAUAAAAUAAAGUUUAUUCUUAUA